AUGGCAGCACCUGAGGAGGAUUAUUCAUCAAUACCUCUUAAUGAACGAGUAACACAUAAGAUUUGGAAAGUUCGGGUUGGAGCUUAUGAAGAACUUGCAAAACUAUUUAAAAAAUCAGAUAGUGAAAGCGACUUUAGGCCUUAUGAGGGAUUAAUGAAAAGCAUUGCGACAGAUUCCAAUGCUGUCGCUCAAGAAGCUGGUCUAACGACAUUGAUUGCAUUUGUUGAUAACGCACCAAAUCCAUUAAGGGCCAGGGCUUCUAUUAUACCGGCCGUUGUUGAUAAGGGUUUCGGCUCAAGCCGUUCUGGAACAAAAACUAAGGCAAUAGAACUCAUACUGUUAUAUAUAGAAGUUGAUAUACCAGAUCCCAUAGUGGAAGAUGUCCUUGCUGGAUUAAAUGCCAAACAACCUAAAUUGGUUGCCACAGCUGUUCAUGCACUUAAAGAGAUAAUUAGACUUUACGGUGCAAAAACAGUGAAUGUUAAGCCUAUUCUCAAAACUAUACCAAAAAUAUUUGCGCACACGGAUAAGAAUGUGAGAAGUGAGGGAACACAAUUAGUAAUAGAACUAUAUAAGUGGUUGAAUAAAGCAAUAGAUCCACAUUUAUCAGAGUUAAAGCCAGUACAGAUCAAAGAAUUGAAUGAAGCAUUUGAAAAAUUACCACAAGUAAAACCUCAACAGGAACGAUUAUUACGUUCACAAGUAGCUGCAGCAGAGGCAGCGGCGGAAGCUGGUGGAGGUGAUGAAGCUGAAGCAGAAGAGGAGAAAGAGAUUGAUGCAUAUGAUUUAGCAGAACCAGUCGAUGUUCUGUCAAAAUUAUCCAAAGAAUUCUAUACUGGAUUGGGUUCUACCAAAUGGAAAGAAAGGAAAGAAGCUCUGGAGGGUUUGUUAGAAAUCUGUAAGACACCGAGGAUCGUGGAUAAUAAUUAUUCUGAUUUAACCACUGCCCUUGCAAAGCGUAUGUCAGAUUCCAAUGUUCUAGUAGUUACAAUCGCAGCUAAUGUGAUAGAGGCGUUGGCCUUGGGUUUACGUGAAGCUUUUUCAAAAUAUAAACCAACGGUCGUAGGUCCCAUGAUAGAAAAACUUAAAGAAAGGAAGCAAAGUGUAGUUGAUGCUUUGGCUUCGGCACUGGAUGCCGUAUUUUUAAGUGUUACAAUAUCUGACGUUUCUGAGGACAUAUUGGCGGCCGGAAAACACAAGAACCCACAAGUUAAAUCAGAGUCCAUGAAAUGGCUUGUCAGAUGUAUAAAAAAUACUAAAAUUGCACCACAAAAGGCUGAAAUCAAAUCUUUAACUGAAAUGAUGGUGAAGGCUUCUGAGGAUAGUUUUGAACCUGUUCGUAAUGCAGCUUUUGAAGGAUUGGGAACAAUGAUGAAAGUCAUUGGUGAGAAGGCGAUGAACACUUUCUUGGAAGGGCUUGACGAUAUAAAAAAGGGAAAAGUCAAAGAAUGUUAUGAAAAGGCUGAAGUUAAAGUAAAAUAUUCUGCGGCGAAAAAGCCUCCACCUCCAGCCAAAGCAGAUGCACCCAAAGGGAAAUCCUCGGGAAAACCUGUGGCAAAAAAAGAAGCUGUGCGUCAUAUUUUAGGAGGAUCUGCACCCAAGAAGGCAGCUCCUGCUGGAAAAUCCGCCCCAGCAGCAAAGCCAGGAGGUCCUCCGAAAAAAGCUUCUGCUCCACCUCCUCAAAAGAAGAGCGGAAAGGUGAAGGAAGAAGUUAUCAAAUACAAGUUUACUAGCGAAGAAGUUGAGUCCAAGGUUGCUGAAUUGAUUUCUGACGAUCAGACUGCCGGAUUAAGUGAAAAGAAUUGGAAAUUACGUUUGGAGGCUAUUGAGAAUCUUCAAACCACGUUAGAAGAGAUGGAUCCGUCUGAAGUAGAAGCGGAGUUAUUUAUCAGAUUUCUUUCUAUUAAACCUGGCUGGAAAGAAAGCAAUUUUCAGAUUUUAUCAAAAGCAUUUAAUAUAAUGGAGAUACUUUGUCAAAAAGUUCCGUCAUUUGGAAAACCAGCGGCAGCAUUAGCAAUACCAAUAUUGAUAGAAAAGUUGGGCGACAUUAAACUAAAGAAAAGUGCAGGAGACGCAUUAACGGCUUUUACCGAAAAAAUAUCCUUACAAUUUGUAUUUUCGCAAGCAUAUGAUCCAUUGCGUAAAGCAAAAGCACCUAAGACAUUAGCUGAUAGUUUAACAUGGAUGCAUGGUGCUAUUAUGGAAUUUGGAAUAGCAGCUCUUCAAGUGCGUGAGUUGAUUGAAUUUCUCAAAUUCGCAUUAAGCAGUUCUAAUGCGGCUGUUCGCACAAAUUCUGUCACUGUUUUGGGAGCUUUGCGCGUUUUUGUAGGACCAGAUAUAAGAACAUUUGUUCAAGACUUAAAUCCUACACAACUAGCCACAAUUGACAGUGAAUUUGAGAAAGUAGCUGAUAAAGCACCUCCAAAAGCAUUAAAAACAAGCGUCGAUGUUAUAAGCACAGGAGGUAGUGGGAAAGAUACUUUAGAAGAAUUGUUUCCUAAAGUUGAUAUUAGCGCACAAUUUACUAGUAAAAUGAUGGCAGAAUGUAACGAUGAUAAAUGGAAAGUUCGAAAGGAUGCACUUGAUCAAGUCCUUGCUAUUGUUGAUGCUAAUAAGAAAAUUAAACCGAGCUUAGGUGACUUCAUUCCUAUCCUGAAAGCGAGGCUAUCAGAUAGUAAUAAAAACUUGCAAAUGAUGGCUUUGGAUAUAACUGCUAAGCUUGCUACUGCGAUGGGCAAGCCAUUUGACAGGCAUGUUAAAAUAUUAGUAGCACCAGUCACAGCUGUUCUUACAGAUAAAAAAGCAACAGUCCGCGGCAGUGCUAUUGGCACUUUGGAUGCUUUAGCAAAUGCUUGUGGGCUCGAUCCUUUAAUUGGUUCAUUUUCAACAAGUCUUGCGACUGAUAAUCCUUUAUUAAGAAAAGAUCUAUUGAGUUGGCUUUCUGAACGUCUCAAGGAAGCUGCAGAGAGUGAUAAAAAGAAUGCGUUACCAGACUUGUCACCCAUGGUUCAACCAAUUCUAUCUUGCUUACAAGAUCGGAAUGGUGAAGUUAGAAAAGCAGCACAGGCUUGUUUAGGACCUAUAGUAAAAAGUGCCGGUUAUGAUUAUGUAGUAGCAAAAUGUGGUGAUUUGAAAGGUGCAUUAAAACAGACAAUUAUGCCGAUGAUAGAAGCCGUUCGACCAACAGGCCCUAGUGGUCCCGCUGCGAGGAAGGAUGCUAAAAAGGCGGGCCUAAAAUCUCGGCUUGCUGCACCAUCAGGCAAGGAUAAAGCUGACGAAGACGAUGAAGAAAUAGAUGAUGACGAACCAGUGAAAUUGCCACCAGGAUUAAUUCUUAGACCACCAGCUAAUUCAACAUUUAAUAAACCUACUGCAUCAUUAGCAAAUCCAUUAGUCACAGCAAAUCCUAAUGCAUCGAGCAUACCUAUAAAUGGACCACCUUCUUUGUUAGCACAACCUAGUGGUAUUAGUAGGCUUCAGUCACCUUCUCAAAGAGGUGGUAUUCCAAGUGGUAUUGGUAGAGGGUUACCACCUCCGUCAAGAUUACAGUUUUCUCGAAUUCGUCCUAGUAUGAAUGGUGCAAAUGGGCAAAUUCCUACAGUAUCUAAUGGUUCCAUUGAUGAGAAUGAAACUAAGAAAGAUUUGUUUAGCAUAGAAGUUAAUAAAUCAGAACGUUCCCUAUCAGAGAAUAAUGAAAUAAAUGCGAUUCCGCAUUCUCCUGGAUUACCUCCUGUUAAACAGCGAACAUCUGAGCGCGGUUCUGUUUUUAUGGUGGAGAUUAUCAUUACUAAAAUUAUGAGUACAGAGUUUCAACAAAGUAUUGAGGCAUUGAAAGAGUUAGACAAACAUUUGAACACUUCUCCUGAAUCCAUUAUUCAUGAUGUAGAUGAACUCGUAAAUGCUUUGGCAUUCCAAGUUCGUAUUUCUUAUACACAGCUUCAACCACAAUCACAGAGUUUAAUUCGACUAUGUAAACAUCUUGUCAACGCUUUAGUACUAUUAUUUUCAAAUAAGAAUUUGGCAUUAGCAGUGUCUCAAGAUUCACUUGACCGUUUAUUAUCUGAGCUAGCACAUCGCUUGUUAGAUCAUAAUCUCACAAUAGUGGAUGGUGGUCAACAAUUAUCAAAAGCGCUUAAUGUCUCAAUGGUUAAGGUACUUGAAAAUAGCAAUCGUAACAGAACGUAUAGCGCACUAAUCUCAAUACUAGAAAAAUCAUCAUCUAAUUUGCGUGAAGUUGAUGCAGCUACAGCUACCACACAAACAAAGUUUACUGAACUAAUUAUGAAAUGUUUAUGGAAACUAGCAAAGACAGUUCAAGAUAAUUUGAAGGCUGGUAUCCUUUCACCGAAUCAAUUAUUACGUGAUCUCAAUAGCUUCUUUUUAGCAACACCACCAGCUGAAUGGAAAAGACGAGCAGCAGAAAAGGUACCAUUAGGCGAAAUGCCUUUACGUACGGUUAAAACAUUGUUACUUGAAUUGGUAACAGGUCUUGGUGAUAAUGUAUACGAACAUUUAGAUCUUAUUGAAGAUCCACAAAGGAGUUAUGUUUAUCCUUAUUUGCAUCAUAUGAUUGAGGCUACUAAGAAGAAGGAUAAGCUAGCUAAUAAUUCAACAAUCGCUUACAAUAAUAUAUCAAGUCGUUCAUCUUCAAUUUCAUCAGUCCGAUCUUUUAGUUCACCCGGUUCCGACUUGACACUUGCCACUACAGAUACUGCAAGAUCUUCUCCCUUAAACGAAGCUUCAAUUAAGAAUAAUUCAUCGGCAAAAAAUUCAUCAUCUAUAAGUUCUCCACCAGCUAGAAGUUCUCCAAUACCCGAAGUUCCUGGUCAUAUUAAUGAAACAAUGUCAAAUGCUUCAGAGCCAGUAAGUCCAGCGUCACCACGCACUCCGAUGACUCCGAAAUUCCCUACACCAACUAGUAGUGCACGUUCAUCAGGCUCACAUGAAGUAGAAAUGAAUGCACGGCUGACUCAAAUUUUCCUUAAAAUUGGAACGAGAGAAGAAACGAAAAAGGGUAUUUAUGAAUUAUAUGAAUUUCAAAAACUACACCCUGAAAUGGAAGGCAAGAUAACAACACAGUUAUCUAGGACAGGUCCAUAUUUCCAAAGUUAUAUUCGCCGUGGACUUGCAAACAUUGCUAUAGAAGAAGAAGAAAAGGAAAGAGCUAAUGUUAUCGCGGAAGUUAAAAAUCUCUUUCCUCAAAAUUCAAAUAAUCAUGAUAAAACGGAGGAUAAUAUAAUUCCAACAGAAGAUGAUCAACGUAAAAUAAAACUUUUGAGGCUACAACAAAUAUUUGGUUUUCAAGCCAUAAAUGAAAUAAAUGAAGAGAACGAAAAUAUCAGUUAA